AUGGCCAGAAACGGCGACCGGCCAUAUUCCCUCUCUUUUCUUAUUCUUCUAAUCACUCUACUCCUACCCCAAUCCCUCGCCCAGCCCGCCGCCCCUGCCCCCUUUCCACCGCCGGCAAAUCCUCCCCUUCCACCACCGCCGCCGCCACAGAAAGCGGCUUGCAACGGCGUCUUCGUCUCCUACGUCGCCAACGGCGGCGGCAGCGCAAUCGCUCCCACCAACCCUUCCAAUCAAGCCUACCGAUUCUCCGGCGCCGUCACGGUCACCAACAACGACGUGAAAGAGCUGAAAGCGUGGCGCGUCUUUGUGGGCUUCCAAUUCGACGAGGUUCUGGUCUCCGCGGACAAGGCCGUCCUAGACGACGGCAGCCCGCUCCCUGCUGCUGUCGGGAAAAACGGCACCGUCUUGGCUGGCUUCCCUCAGUCCGACCUCAAGACCGCAAUUCAGACCGCUGGAGAUUCGACUCAGACGGAGGUUCAGGUCCAGCUAAUCGGGUCCCGGUUCGGGCCGCCCCCGAACGACACGAACCCGGCUCUGCCCGCCAACAUCACGCUUCGCAACGCCGGCUAUUCCUGCCCGGACUCCUCAACGCAAGGGAACAUGCUGUGGGUGUGCUGCCAGAGAAACGACACCGCCGCAACUCCACCAACUGAUCAACAAGACUCCAACUUCCUGCCCCGCCAAAGCGGCGAUCUCAUCAUAAUGUACGAUAUCCUGAGCGCCUACGACACCAAUUACUUGGCGCAGGUGGCCAUCUCCAACAACCAUCCUCUGGCCCGCCUCGACAACUGGCAGCUGAGCUGGGAGUGGAUGAGGGACGAGUUCAUCUUCGCCAUGAGGGGCGCCUACCCGCUCCUUGUGGACACCUCAGAGUGCAUCUACGGGUCGCAAGGCCAGCACUACCUGCAGAUGGAUUUCUCCCAGGCCCUCAACUGCCAGAGGAGGCCUACCAUCAUCGACUUGCCUCCCACGAGAGCCAAUGACUCGGCAAUCGGGAGGCUUCCCUUCUGCUGCCGGAACGGGACCAUACUCCCGCCGAACAUGGACCCCACCAAGUCGACGUCCGUCUUCCAGAUGCAGGUCUACAAGAUGCCGCCGGACUUGAACAGGACAGGAUUCGUCCCGCCGCAGAAUUGGGGGAUCGUCGGUACCCUGAACCCUGAUUUCCAGUGUGCCUCUCCGCUGCAGGUGAGUCCAACCCAGUUCCCUGAUCCUAGUGGAUUGCCGUCUACGAGAGCAGCAGUUGCGAGUUGGCAGGUGGUGUGCAACAUUAAGAAGUUGGAGGAGAGCAGACCCAAAUGCUGCGUCUCAUUCUCAGCUUUCUACAACAGUUCCAUCAUCCCAUGUAACACCUGCGCUUGUGGCUGCAACCAACAGAAGCAGCAGCAAACCUGCAAUCCCAAUGAAGAAGCCCUUUUCAUGCCAUUCCAGAGUCUCUCUGUCCCGUACGACAACAGGACAAUUACAACCCUGGCAUGGGCCGACACAAACAAGAGACCCAUCCCCAAUCCAGUCCCAUGCGGGGACAACUGCGGAGUGAGCAUCAAUUGGCACCUGGUCUCGGAUUUCAGAGAAGGCUGGACCACAAGGAUUACUGUUUUCAAUUGGGGUCAGGCCACUUUUGCAGAUUGGUUUGCUGCUGUCCAGCUGGCGGACAACGCCGUGGCUGGAUUUGAGGAUGUUUACUCAUUCAAUGGAACAGUGCUGCCUAACUCCACCAACACUAUAUUUAUGCAAGGCCUUCCAGGCUUGAACUUUCUGCUGCCACAGAGGCCUGCUGGAAACCCCAAGAAGGAUUUCCCUGUUCCUGGGAUGCUGCAAUCGGUCAUGUCAUUCACCAAGAAGCACACUCCUCUAGUCGAUGUGGUCAAUGGCGGGGAUGGAUUCCCGACUAAAGUUGUGUUUAAUGGCGAGGAGUGUGUGCUUCCCACGUUCCGUCCCAGUCACGGCCAUCGAACGGCAGCCAGCAUAAGCCUUGUUCUCUGCCUCGUUGUAACUCUAGCUUCGUUGGUGAGAUAUUGA